AUGCCGCCCACCGCGGACGACUGUGAGCCGCAGAAAUUCGCGGACCUCAAGCUCGACCACAGGACGAUGCAAGCCAUCACUGACAUGGGCUUUCGGGAGAAGACUUUGACACAGGUUCAGAGAGCUGCUAUACCACCUUUGCUUGCCGGUCGUGGCGUCCUUGAGGCUGCAAAAACAGGCUCAGGGAAAACGCUAGCUUUCCUCCCCCCAGCUGUUGAACUGCUGUCUUCUCUGAAUCCAAGCCGCGGAAUGAUACUGCUGUCGUUGUCGUUUCGCCUACACGUGAGCUUGCACUGCAGAUCUUUGGUGUCGCCCACCCACUUCUUGCACAUCAUUCUCAGACUGGGGGCACCAUAA